ACGCUCCUCCUAGCCCGCCGCCGCCCGCCUCGGCCUGAGCCCGGCGCUCCCUCGCCUCGGCCGGACCCGGCCGCCACUUCCGGGCGCUCACCUGGGGCGCGCUCACCUGGGCGCGCUCACCUGCCCCGGGCGCCAGGAUGAAGGACCGGCUGGAGCAGCUGAAGGCGAAGCAGCUGACACAGGACAGCGAUGCUGAUGAGGUGGAGAUCGCCAUCGACAACACGGCCUUCAUGGAUGAGUUCUUCUCCGAGAUUGAGGAAACCCGGCUGAACAUUGACAAGAUCUCCGAGCAUGUGGAGGGGGCCAAGAAACUCUACAGUAUCAUUCUGUCUGCACCCAUUCCAGAGCCAAGAACCAAGGAUGACCUAGAGCAGCUCACGGCUGAGAUCAAGAAAAGGGCCAACAACGUCCGGAACAAGCUGAAGAGCAUGGAGAGGAACAUUGAGGACGACGAUGUCCGGUCGUCCGCCGACCUUCGCAUUCGAAAGUCCCAGCACUCCGUCCUCUCCCGCAAGUUUGUGGAGGUGAUGACCAGAUACAACGAGGCGCAGGUGGACUUCCGAGAACGCAGCAAGGGGCGCAUCCAGAGGCAGCUGGAAAUCACUGGCAAGAAAACAACAGAUGAGGAGCUGGAGGAGAUGCUGGAGAGCGGGAACCCCGCCAUCUUCACUUCUGGGAUCAUCGACUCUCAGAUUUCCAGGCAAGCCCUGAGUGAGAUCGAGGGCCGGCACAAGGACAUCGUGCAGCUAGAGAGCAGCAUCAAGGAGCUGCACGACAUGUUCAUGGACAUCGCCAUGCUGGUGGAGAGCCAGGGGGAGAUGUUAGAUAACAUAGAGCUGAACGUCAUGCACACGGUGGACCAUGUGGAGAAGGCGCGGGAUGAGACCAAGAAAGCCGUGAAGUACCAGGGCCAGGCCCGGAAGAAAUUGAUAAUCAUCCUUGUGAUAGUAGCUGUGUUGUUGGGCAUUUUGGCCUUGGUUAUUGGCCUUACCGUUGGGCGGUAAUGAGGGUGGCCUGAGAGGCUGCGGCACUGAAAUAGCCUGAUUUUACUCCAGCCUGGCGUUGGAGGCCUCCCUUGUCUUCAUAUGGAAAUGGAGUCUGAAUGGCCUUCCUGAGUCAGGGGGACCCACACACGGGUUUCCUUGUCACCACCCUGGGACCUGACCCCGCAGACAAUGCCCUGGAGGAAUCUGAUGUGCCUGAUGCCCACCCCGGCCUCGAUGAAGCGACCCUUGCCCCCGUGCCCUGUGCCCUGUCGGGGUUGCUGUGCACCCAGCAGGCCUGUGGGAGGCCUUCCCAAGGCGCUUUUCUACCUCAUGGAGAAUCUUCUCCCGGAAAUCGCAGUGUGUUUUUAGGGACUGUCUUUCACAAAGCAAAGGGAUUCUUCCAAGGCUCGCAGCCCAGCGUCCCCUGGCGCGGCCCGGCCCUCACCGUGUGUUGUCCCCAGUCCUGAAAUGCGCCGGCAGGUGGCGCGUCGGCCUUAGGAGCUGCCCCACUGGAAAUUCAGCCUCAAGCGAUGGUCCGCCUGUGACCAUCUUCCUUCUUGUGUUCUCUCAUGUUACUCACGGGGCUCCAGGGUGGCGCGGCCCUUCGGGGUGACCGCGGGUCAGGGUUGAGGGUCUGGUGUUUCUUUCCAGGGGUGCGUCUUAGAAACUGGCUGUUCACUGUGAGUGAUGCUUCCUGAAGCCGUUGCCUGGAGACCGCAGUUAACCAGACCAGGGACAGGGUGCUUGAGUCUCAGGCUCUGAAAACAUCAGACUGGUGCCAGUGUUUUGUCACUCAUUUCACAUAUUCCAAGUGUAUUUUCGUGAUCAUGUGUUUGAGAUGUGUGUACAUGGAUGCCCGGGUCUCUCGGGAAGUGGGAACACAGUGCAGGAUAUUAUAACCUCAGCGCACACACACAAACACAAACUCCUAGAACUAGGCUACAAAUUAGGUUAGAGACAUUUGCUUGCCUGCAAGUGAGUCCUGGUGGAAACACCAUUUUUCCACAUCCUUGAGAACGUGCAUUUCCUGGAUGAGUGCUGGGGAAUCAGAUCUUCGGGGUGAGGACCAAGCUGAUCCCGCUUAGAGUUUCUGCUUAGCAGACGGACGCCGUGAGACAUUUUGACACCUCUCCCCUCCUGCUGCCGAGGCUCGACUUGUCUCGAGAUCACCCUACGGGGAUUCCGCUUCCUUCACGUGCUCCUGGGAGGGCCUGUCCCCAGGGCCGAGCUCACAGGGCUACCAGGGACUGCAGCGUAGUGCUUCCUGCUGCCGGGCGAAUAAGCCGGAUGGUUCUUUAUCUGGAGGAAGCAACAGCCGGGGAAGUCUCAAGUGUAGUGACCGCUGACCCAGGGAUGACCCUCUUUGCUUCCCUGGGGGUCUCUGCUAGCCUCCCUGGUUGCUGUUUCAGCUUCCACUUGAAUGCUUUCCAGGGCAGGGGGAGGCCCCUCAUCCAUCUCUGCCAUGGCUUUCCUGCAAAAGGCACUUACUCCCAGUCUUCGCCCAGUGCUGACGGAGCAGCGGGCGCCCUCCCCGCGGCUGUGACGUCGGCAGUGGGCUGGCUCAGCUGCAAGGGCUGGCGGGCGGUAACCGCAGGCUGCUGCUCUUCUGAGCUGGGGCCUGGGGCUUAUAGCUUGGGACACAAGUGAAGGGGUUGUCAUUGUAUUUUUUUAAUGUAAACUUGAUUAUUUUAUUGCUAAUUUAACAAUAAAUGACUUUAUAUUGAUUGUGAAACAGUGCUGCCUGUUUCCCUGCCCACACUCUGUGAUGGGCAUCACCACGCACGGUUUGGGUUCAGGGUUUGGAAAGGAGCCAGAUUUUGUCUAGCCCUGUGCUGGAGCAACUUCUGA